GGCCGCCGUCUGUAGCUCACUUCCGGUGCGUCAAGGCAGUCCGCUUCCGGUCCCCUCUUGCUGGAGCUCCCAAGAUGGCGACGUCUCUGGGAUCCAACACGUACAAUCGGCAGAACUGGGAGGAUGCGGACUUUCCCAUUUUGUGCCAGACGUGUCUUGGAGAAAAUCCCUAUAUUCGAAUGACCAAAGAGAAAUAUGGGAAAGAAUGCAAGAUCUGUGCCAGACCCUUCACAGUGUUUCGUUGGUGCCCGGGUGUACGAAUGCGCUUUAAGAAGACAGAAGUGUGUCAAACAUGCAGCAAGCUGAAGAAUGUUUGUCAGACCUGCCUCCUUGACCUAGAAUAUGGUUUACCUAUUCAGGUUCGCGAUGCUGGACUCUCACUUAAAGAUGAUAUGCCCAAAUCAGAUGUUAAUAAAGAGUAUUAUACCCAGAAUAUGGAAAGAGAGAUCAUGAACUCGGAUGGGACACGACCUGUUGGUGCCUUAGGAAAGGCAACAUCCACCAGUGAUAUGUUGCUCAAACUAGCUCGAACUACCCCUUACUACAAACGCAACCGUCCACAUAUCUGUUCAUUUUGGGUGAAAGGAGAAUGCAAAAGAGGAGAGGAGUGCCCCUACAGACAUGAGAAACCUACAGAUCCCGAUGAUCCUCUUGCUGAUCAGAACAUUAAAGAUCGUUACUAUGGUAUUAAUGAUCCUGUGGCCGACAAGCUUCUCAAACGAGCUUCCACAAUGCCACGUCUGGACCCACCUGAUGACAAGACAAUUACCACGUUGUAUGUAGGCGGUCUAGGUGACACUAUCACUGAGACAGACCUUAGGAACCACUUCUAUCAAUUUGGUGAGAUUCGGACGAUAACUGUAGUACAGAGGCAGCAGUGUGCAUUCAUCCAGUUUGCUACGCGGCAAGCUGCAGAAGUAGCAGCAGAGAAGUCCUUCAACAAACUCAUUGUCAAUGGACGCAGACUGAAUGUGAAAUGGGGCAGAUCUCAAGCAGCCAGAGGGAAAGAGAAAGAAAGAGAAGGGACCACAGAAUCUGGUAUAAAACUGGAGCCAGUCCCUGGACUACCUGGAGCUCUUCCUCCUCCUCCUGCAGCAGAAGAGGAGGCUGCUUCUGCAAACUACUUCAACCUACCUCCCAGUGGCCCUCCAGCUGUGGUGAACAUUGCCUUGCCGCCACCACCUGGCAUUGCCCCACCUCCGCCUCCAGGUUUUGGGCCGCACAUGUUCCAUGCCAUGGGUCCCCCGCCUCCUUUCAUGAGGGCCCCAGGUCCCAUCCAUUAUCCGUCUCAAGAUCCACAGAGGAUGGGUGCCCACGCUGGGAAGCACAACAGCCCCUAACAUCACCAGCUCAUUUUUAUUUUUUUAUUUUUUUCUCUCUCUAUCCCCUGCCCCUUUGUAAUGGAAACUUAUGUUGGUAGCAUACCACAUUCAGUUGUAAUCAGUGGGGAACUUAAUUUUUCUGUGCAUACAGCACAGGCUUAGUCCUACUGUGUUACACAACUAAAAAAUCUUAUCACCUCUGUAACCAAAAUACCUAAAUUCUUGAUAAGGAAAUUGUGAUCUCUGCUUAAACAAACCAGCAGAGAAGUCAGCUGGAAGAAUUUGAUUGAGAAUAGUAAAUCCCAUCAGUGUAAUCAAUUUUGGGCACUUAGAAGUAAAGUACUCUUUGGAACAAAUAAAUAAAUAAGCCAGUUUAAUAAUCCCCAGUCAGUUACACAAUACAAAGUAGCCAGUCUUGUUGUUCCAAAUGGCUUGGAAGCACCUUCAUUGCUAUUUGAAUGUCAAAUUACUGUUUUGCCAUUUAUACUAAAUUCAAGUUCCUUGCUCCCUUGAGCUGGAGCAGAAAGAUGACAGACUUGUAUGAAGGAUGUACAAAUGGCGUGCCACUUUUUGUUCAUGAUAUUUCUCAUCAUUCAUGGUCUUGUCUGUGAUAAAUGCUACUAAGCUGUUGAGGUGACAACAGCAAGUGCUGGAGUUGUGGCCUACAUGGCCUUCAUGACCAUUUGCUACGAAAACUAGUCUGAAUUAUUCCCUAGCUCAAUAUUUGAUUGCCAGUGCCUGUUUUAAAUAUGUGUUUUCAAUAUUUGCCCCGUACCAUCUGUUUUCUGCGUCAAGUCUAUAAGGUGUCCUAGUAAAGAGAAUCAUAUUUUUUACCUA